ACUGUUUAUACCAUGGCUCAGUUUCCAUUUCCACAACUGGCAGAAUUAAGGGAGAAAUACACGUACAACAUUACUCCUUUCCCUGCAACAGUAAAAUCAAGUUCACUUUCAGGAAGGCUAGGCAGAACCAGAGACAGUGAUGAGGAGAAUGACCUAGAUGAUGAAGACUCAAUUGCCAAUGCAAUUGGCUGUCUUGGACCAUUAAGUGGGUUUUUGGCACCAGAGCUCCAAAAAUACCAGAAACAGAUGAAAGACCAGAGUGAAGAGCAAAGCCUGAGCUGCAGUAACAUUGCAGAGCUGAGCCCGGGAGCAGUGGACUCCUGCCGGAGCGAGUAUCACGCGGCUUUCAACAGCAUGAUGAUGGAGCGCAUGACCACUGACAUUAAUGCACUGAAAAAGCAAUAUUCCAGGAUAAAGAAGAAGCAGCAACAACAGGUUCACCAUGUGUAUAUCAGAGCAGGACCUGAAGAUGACGACCCUGGGAUUUUUUUAGGUCCCAGGGACCAGCUGAACAAUGACAAAGGGCCAGUUACCAGCCUCCUUCCUUCUCAGGUAAACCAUUCUCCAGUGAUAAACCACCUCCUUUUAGGAAAGAAGAUGAAAUUGAAUAACAGGUCUCUCAAAAAUGCUGUUAUACACAUCCCAAGCCAUGCUACAGGGAAGAUGUCUCCCGUGCCACAAGAAGAUCUUAAAACAAAGCUGAACUCUCCGUGGCGCACUCACAUACGGGUUCAUCGGAAGAAUAUCGCUAGGGCCAAAGGCCAGCUGGGCUAUGGAGAUACCAUAGGACUAAUAGAUGAGCAGAGCGAGAGCUGUAAAACAAAUAGUCCUGGUGGAAAGGAGGAGACUUCCAAACCUUCUGACUUUGGAGAAAGAGAAGGAAGUGAUUUGGAUGACAGGACUAGUCAAAAAGCUGACCAGCAGUCGUCUGAGCCAGUCUUUGGAGACAGCAGUACAGACAUGUCAGUGGUUCAGCUAAAACUGGAAGCACUGGAACUCACCUCAGAUCCCCGAACUGAUGCAGAGUCUACAUCCCUUCAGUCCAGCCAGCCACGUUUAUCAGAGUCCUCUAGUUCAUCCAGUGACAGUGGAAACCUGGCUAAAUCUCCCCAGCCGGGGAACCCAAAGCCACAAGUCUUCAAUCCUUUUCCCAGUGUGAAGCCUCUUCGAAAGUCAGCUACCGCCAGGAAUUUGGGGCUGUAUGGCCCCACUGAGAGAACACCAACUGUACACUUCCCACAGAUGAGCAGAAGUUUCAGUAAGUCCACCAGUGGCAGCAGUGGGACCAGGAAACGAUGA